GUAUGGACAAUGGGGAUUACAAUAUCUUACCGUAUCUUAAGAAAGCAGGCGGGUGUCAAAACAGAUCAACAAGUCAAACCAGUUAAGGGGUGUUUGCGGCUUUCAUUUCAGCCCUUUAUAAAAACAGGCCAAACUCCUCUUCAAGACACAUAUGCCCCGUUUUGUAUAGCAGACACACAUGGAUGUAGACCCUUGUUUAUUGCUGGUUUAUCAUGGAGCUUUUUAUGUUUGCUACUACACAACCAUGACAUGCAGGCUCAGCCAUGAGGUAAUGCUAUUUUUUUUUCUUUGUAAAGUCUGGGGUCAACAAAUAACCAUGGUGUUAAUGUAAUGUGUAUUCUUGCCAUUUUAUCUGAGGUGUAACUGCACUUUUUUUUUUUUUAUUUCGUCCGUCAGUCACAAUUUUAUGUGAAACAUGGACACAUAUUUCCUCCUCUUUUAUAUGCAUUACAACGCCAGAAAGCGAGUUAAUACGAUUAUAACAAUCUCACAAUUGUAUGUGAAACAUGGACACACAUUUCCUCCUCGUUUAUAUGCAUUACAACGCCAAAAAAAUGAGUUAAUACGAUUAUAACAAUCUAAAAAAACUGCCGGUUGGGAAGUUCAUUCAGAGAAACACGAUUAUGUCGACCAAGUAAUUGUUUUGUUUGCUAUACAUGUUGUGAUCGUGCGAUAACACUGCACUUUGAUGCUAACAUGUAAUACUUACAGUCCCCUGCCGUAUUGUGACGAUUUAAAACAUUACCGAAACUUUUACUCGACGUAUUGAGUUCACAUGGAGCAUUUAGCUUAUGCUACUUUCGUCAUAAAACAGCGGCAUAGAUACAUCAACAACACUUACGAUGUCCGCUCUCCGUAGGAUCGCUGUGUGUUCCAGCACAAGACGCGUACUUUAGUCGUCUGAUUAAAAACCGCCGACAGCAAACAAGCAUCCCGCCGAGUCUUCGUAGCGAAGUUGGGAGCUUGCCAACCGCUCUUCCCUCUGUGACAACAACAUUAAAGCCAGCAUACACCUUGCGCCUGGAAUCGGAUGACAAAAGAAAACAAGACGGCCAUCCGGAUACAAAACAAUUUGAUUAAGUGCUGCUACAACCAUGCAAUGGAAAAGACGCCACUGCUGUUCGCAUAUUGCCAACUUUGCCUUUCUCCUUGUCCUGCUGGCUCUGCUGAACUUUCUUGUUCCUCACACUUUUCAUCCAAGUCUCACUGAACUGUUUCAGCUGAAAGCUGAAGAACUUACUGCAAACAACUCAGCCGUUGAAAACAACACAAUCUCACAUGAGAAGCUAAACAUCUCCACUGUAGGUCCAACAGAAAACGUCCCUGGUCUUUUCCCUUAUAUAAUCAAUGAACCAGACAAAUGUCAAAAGAGUCAAGCAGCCCCAUUUCUGGUGUUCAUAAUAGCUACACGGGCCUCGGACGUGGAAGCGAGGUGUGUCAUAAGGCAGACCUGGGCAAACGAGAGUUUGGUGCCAGCCGUGGGAGUCAUCCGGCUAUUUCUGCUGGGGAAAGGAUCGGGGGACGUGGGAACUCAUCAAGACAGGAAGCUCCAAGAAGAGAGUCGCAAGCAUCAUGAUAUAAUUCAGCAAGACUUUCUGGAUUCAUACAACAACCUGACACUAAAAACCUUGAUGGGUCUGCACUGGGUGGCACGGUACUGCCCACAUGCUGGGUAUGUCAUGAAGACAGACACCGACAUGUUCGUCAACACAGACUACCUUAUCCACAAGCUGCUGAGACCAGAGCUGAAGCCCAGGACAAACUACUAUACAGGCAAAAUAAUAGAAAACUCGUCACCGAAUCGAUAUAAAAACAACAAGUGGUACAUGUCCCGAGAGGAAUAUCCAAACCCUAAAUAUCCCACCUUCUGCUCUGGGACUGGUUAUGUACUCUCAGCAGACUUAGCUGAUAAAAUCUACAGAUUAUCUUUGCGUAUACCCCAAUUACACCUGGAGGACGUGCAUGUGGCAGUGUGCCUUAACCAGCUCGGGGUGAAACCCACCCAUCCACCCAGAGGGUCCCUAUUCAACCACUGGUAUGUGCCUUUCACAGCCUGCAAGUAUGCCAAUCUGAUAACGUCACACCAAAUUCCACCCAAUAAAAUACUUGAAUACUGGAAGACCCAUCAAAAUAACAAGAAAAUAUGUAAAAUUUUCUAACAAAUGAAAAGGAUGCUGAUGAUUUUGUAUAGUAUAUAUAUAGGUUUUGUACAGUGUCAUGAGAUAACUGCUGUUGUGAUUUGAGUUGAAAUGAAUGAAUGCAAAUGUCAGUUUAAAAAAAAAAAGUUAAAUAAAUAAAAAGUUAAUCCUGUCUCACAUUUCAUGACUUCAAUACAUGGACAAGAUUGUAUUGGCAUUUUUACACUUCUUUGCAAUGAGGAAGUCGACAACAAAACUUGUUGACAGAUUCAGACCGACUUUUAAUGUCAAGGAUUGUGGAU